AUGCAUUUAGCUGCUGUUGGUAUGUUAGAGACUUAUGAAAUAUGGCAUAGACAUGGUGAAAAAGUUGGAGCUCCACCUCCUCCUAUUGUUCAAGAUGAACCUGAACCCGAUGAUUUCGUUCAUAAUAUGUUGAAUGAUAUAUUCCCAAUUUUUGAACAGGCUGAGGAUGAUGAUAUGAGCAUGGGGGAUGAUACCAGUGAGAUGGGAGAUGCUAUGGAAAAUCAGGGUGCGAAUGUACAUAGGCUACAAGCUGAUACAUAUGAGGGUUUGCUUGCUGAAGCAAAUCGGGAGUUUUUCCCUGGUUGUGAUCAACAUAGUGCUUUGACAGCGAUGAUCAAACUGAUGCAUUGCAAAGUCGACAAUCAUUGGUCAAAUAAGUCUUUUACUACAUUGAUGGAGACAUUGUAUGCGUUUUGUCCUAAGCCUAACAACAUUCCCAAGUCAUUCGAUGAAGCUAAAAAGAUGCUGAAAAAAUUGGGUCUGGGGUAUGAAAAGAUCGAUGUGUGUCAGAAUGACUGUGUUCUAUUUUACAAGGGCAAUGCAACGAAAGUGAAAUGUCCAGAGUGUGGUGCGGAUAGAUAUAAACCUAGUCCUAGUUCUGAAGAUGGUAAGAAGGGAAAGAAUAUUCCACAUAAAGUCUUGCGUUAUUUUCCACUGAAGCCGAGAUUGGAGAGACUGUUUAUGUCAAGGCAUAUUGCUACUGAAAUGAGGUGGCAUAAAAGGAAACGUGCUGAUCAGAACGGUGUCAUGAGGCAUCCAGCUGACUCUAUUGCAUGGAAGGAAUUUGACAAAAUGUACCCUGAUUUUGCAAUGGACCCACGGAAUGUUCGACUAGGGCUUGCAACUGAUGGGUUUACUCCUUUUGGGAACUUAAAUCCUCCUUACAGUAUGUGGCCUGUCAUGGUGUUCCCUUACAACUUGCCUCCUUGGAUGUGUAUGAAGAAACCAUACACAUUUUUGACUUUAUUAAUACCUGGGCCAACUGCACCAGGUAAAGAUCUUGAUGUGUUUUUGCGGCCGUUGAUUGAUGAACUUAAGGAGUUGUGGGAAACUGGUGUUCGAACGUAUGAUAAGUCGACUGAUUCUGUGUUUGAUAUGAAAGCUGCUGUAUUAUGGACAGUCAAUGAUUUUCCAGCUUAUGGAAAUCUAUCUGGGUGGAGUACUAAGGGUUACUUGGCAUGGCCAGUAUGCAAUGCGGAUGCGUGCUCUUAUAAACUAAGGAGGAAGAUUGGUUAUUUGGCCACUCGUCGCUGGUUGAGGAAAAAUCAUCCAUGGCGAAAGCAAAAGGAACUGUUCAAUAAUGAAGAAGAGAAGAGGAGUGCUCCGAAACACUUGUCCGACGAAGAUAUUCUACGCCAAGUCAAUACACUCAGGCCUUCUAAGCCUGGAAAACACAAAGAUAAUCCAGACUUGAAAAGGAAACGGAUGGAGAGUGAAUUAAAUUGGACAAAGAAGAGUAUCUUUUUUGAGUUGGAGUACUAG